UUUUUUUAUCUCUUAUCCAUAAUUCCUUGUACCAGAGUCCAGAAACAGACUAACUCCAAGGUUUCUUUCAUUCUGAAGAUGACCGAGGCUUUGCUAGGAAUUGUGAUUAAAAACUUGGGAUCUUUUGUACAAGAUGAACUUGCAACAUAUUGGGGAGUUGACCAACAGAUUCAGAAGCUUUGCAGCUAUCUCACUGCAAUCUGUGCAGUCCUUGAAGAUGCUGAGAAAAAGCAAAUCACGAGCCAAGUCGUGAAGGAUUGGCUUCAGAAACUGACAGAUGCAGCAUAUGCGUUGGACGAUAUCUUGGAUGAAUGUUCAAUACACUCAAAAAAUUCAUGCUUAUCCAGUCUCCAUCCUAAGGACAUUCUCUUUCGUCGUCAUAUUAGCAAAAGGAUGAAAAAGAUCGCCCAAAGAUUUCAUGUCAUUCAUGAAGAAAGGCUCAUGUUUGAAUUACGUGCUGGUGUCACUGACAAGCAAGGAAAGGAUGAUAAUGAAUGGCGCAAAACUAGCUCUAUCAUUACUGAACCCAUAAUUUAUGGUAGAGACCAAGACAGAGAGCAAAUUGUGGAGUUUCUUGUGGGGCAUGCUAGCAACAGCCAAGAUCUCUCUAUCUAUCCCAUAGUUGGUAUGGGUGGAGUUGGGAAAACCACACUUGCCAAACAGGUCUUCAAUGAUGACCGGGUAAGCAAACAUUUUGACUUGACCAUUUGGGUUUGUGUUUCUAAUGAUUUCAAUAUAAAGAUAAUACUGCAAGCCAUCAUAGAAUCCACCACUGGACAAAAUCCCAACCUCAAUACUUUAGAAGCAAUGCGGAAAAAGGUUCAAGAAGUGUUGCAGAGCAAGAGGUAUUUACUUGUUCUUGAUGAUGUGUGGAACGAAGACCAAGAGAAAUGGAAGGAGUUUAAGGGGGUGUUGCAGCGUGCUAGGGGAACAAAAGGUGCUGUCGUUUUAGUCACUACUCGACUUGAGCAAGUUGCGAGGAUCAUGGAACGACGCCCUGCACAUCGUUUGAUAGAAUUAUCUGAUGAUGACAGUUGGUCAUUGUUCAGACAUCAUGCAUUUGGACAUAACACACAUGAAAGUGAAGAACUUGUUGCAAUUGGCAAAUAUAUAGUGAGGAAAUGUGUUGGUUCUCCACUUGCAAUCAAAACACUGGGAAGCCUUUUGUGUGAUCAAAGUGAGGUACAACAAUGGCAGAACGUACAGGAAAGUGAGAUUUGGGAUAUACAGGAGGAAAGUUCUCUCUCAAGUGAGGAAAAUUCUAUCUUGCGUGCUUUGAAACUAAGCUAUGUUAAUUUGGACUUGUCAUCAAGGAGAUGCUUUUCCUUUUGUGCCAUUUUUCCUAAAGGUUUUCAAAUUGUCAAGGAAGAACUAAUUCAUCUUUGGAUGGCUAAUGGAUUUAUUAAAUCUGAAGGAAAAUUAGAAGUGGAGGACGUUGGUAAUAACAUGUGGAAAAAAUUAUACAAUAGAUCUUUUUUUCAGGAAUCAAAAUCUGAUAAGUUUGGUAUAAUUACAAGUUUCAAAAUGCAUGAUUUAUAUCAUGAUCUUGCCCAGUCAAUUAUGGGUGAAGAAUGUGUGGUUUAUGGGCAUACAAGGUUGACUCAUUUGUCAAGCAGAGUUCAUCAUUUACACUUGUUAACAUCUAAUGAGUUAGACAAUAAGGUUGCCUUAAAGAAAGUCGAAUCCAUGCGUACUUUUCUUGAUGUUGAUUCAUAUAAGUUCAUUGAAAAUUUUCGUCUCUUGCCAUCAAACAAUUGUCUCCGAGCGUUAAGGAUAAGCUUUAGUCAAUUGUCGCCAGUCAUGAAUUUAACACAUUUGAGGUACUUGAAUCUACGUGGGAGUUGGGUGACAUGCUUGCCUAAUUCUAUUUGCAGGUUGCAAAAAUUGCAAGUAUUGAAACUAGAAGAUUGUCACUACCUUUAUGGGUUGCCCAAAGACCUGACACAAUUACAAGAUCUAAGACAUCUUGUGAUCAAUAAAUGUUUCUCAAUAACAGUGAUGCCUCCCAAUAUUGGAAAGUUAAGACAUCUAAGAACAUUGAGCAGUUUCAUUGUGGGUUCAAAGUCAGGAUAUGGGCUGGCAGAGUUACAUGAUUUAAAGCUGGGAGGCAAGCUGCAUAUCAGAGGCCUUGAAAAUGUCCCAAGCGAAUCGGAUGCUAAAGAAGCAAAUUUGAUUGGUAAGAGGGAGCUGAAUCGAUUAUACUUGUCAUGGGGUCGUUCAAAAGAUAGUAAUGUUAAUGCUGAGCGAGUACUAGAAGCCCUUGAACCUCCCUCAACUCUUAGAAGUUUUGGGAUGAAGGGAUACCAGGGAAUACAAUUUUCCAAUUGGCUGAGAAAUCCUUCAGUUCUGAAAGACUUGUUGGACGUUAUACUCGACAAUUGCAAUAACUGUGAGGAGCUUCCUCCACUUGGUAAACUACCACACUUAAAAAGCCUAUUCGUAUCUGGAAUGAAAGAUGUGAAGCACAUAGACAAUGAACUAUAUGAUGGCGUGGAGAAGGCAUUUCCAUCGCUAGUGAAAUUCACUAUGCGGGAUUUACCAAAUUUGGAGAGCAUGUUAAGAGAUGAAGGAGCAGAGAUGCUGCCUCGUGUUUCUAAAUUAAGUAUCGAGGGUGUCCCCAAACUUAAAAUUCCACGUAUUCCAUCUGCUGAGCACCUUGAAAUUUGGAGCAUUGAAGAUGCGACUUCUUUCACGGAAGAGGUUGUGGGGAAUAUGCCCUGUCUUAAGACCCUGGGGAUUAAUUUCUGUGACGAACUGAAGGUACUACCGGACCAAUUCCGCAGGCUAAGUGCAUUACAGGAACUACACAUUACAGGUUGUGAUAAACUGGAGUUUUUUCCAGAACAUGUGCUGCAAGGUCUAACUUGUCUUCGAACUUUGAAUAUUUUCAUGUGUGAGAAAUUAAAAACGUUAUCUGAAGGUGUGGGACAUUUAGCUUGUCUCGAGGUUUUCUAUGUCAGCUACUGUCCUGAACUGUUGGCUCUGCCAAGAAAUAUGAACAAACUAACUGCCCUUCGGGAGGUGUUCAUUUGCGGUACAUUACCAGAAGGCUUACAAUGUAUCCCCUCCCUAGAAAGAUUGGUUAUAGCAGGAUGUAGUUCAUUGCCAGAUUGGCUUGGAGACAUGAAUUCUCUUCAGGAAUUAAUGGUCUUAGAUUGCCAGGAGUUGAGGUCACUUCCAAGUAGCAUUCAACGCCUCACCAACUUGAGUCACUUAAGUAUCGACAACUGCCCUCAGCCCGAGAAGCGGUGCAAGAGGGAAACAGGGAAAGAUUGGCAAUACAUAGCUCACAUUCCACAACUAGAACUGAUCUCCCACCCGGCAAUAAAGACUUCCACAUUAUGUGAGAGAAUCCGAUCUUUCUGGACGGUCUGCAACACGAUUGGAAUAUGAUCCAUGUAAACUUUUGGCAAGAUGAUCCUCGGGAAGAUGCAUUUGACGUUAUGGUUGAAGCGUGAGCCAUGUCCAGGUGCCAGAACUCCUGUCUUCCUGGGCUGCUAUCGCCAUCUAUUUCAACAAUCCCACAUGGUUGAACAUUGCUAAGAAUGUUAUCUAUAAUGUAUAGGAACAUGCACAUGUCUGAACGUAUGUUCAAGUUAAUUUUAAUUAGUAUUAUUUUUUCCUUCCAUAAAAACUUUAUCCGAAUCUCUUCCCACAGACGAUGGUAUUUUACAUUGCGGAGUUCUAAGUAGUGUUGGAUCUAAUCUUGUUAAAAAAUGCCUUAAUGUUUCAAUUAGAAUUAGAAUGAUAGUGAAUAAUUGGCCAGGUCAUUUAGAGAAUUUAUGGAGUUAUAUUCUGUUCUAUUUUUUGUUUAAGUACAAUAAUGUUAGGUUCUUAUGAAAUUUAUUUUCUAAUUUUCAUCGGUUAAUGUUUUGGCUUUAUAAAGAGCAAUAACUUACUUGUAAUUUAAUUAGUCAGCUUGCUGUCAUAAACAUUGUUCUUAUAUUUCUUUGUCAAUAGUGAAAAAGAUCUUCCACAAAACAUGGAGUCGUUAUUGAGGUACUUUUGUGAUAAAACCUUCAGUCAUCUUCCAAACAAUCUGGUCUGACAAAGUUGUGUUUACAAUCUCACUAUCUCGCACACUCCCAGUCCCAGACCACCAGCUUUUUUUUCGCGAGGACAAUACAUUCCAAGUGCCAAGCACGGUUACCAUGGAUGGCUCAAGAAACAAAUACAAAAUAUUGGAUCCUCAGCUACAAAAGACCAGAUAUUAAGAAACAAGAAGACCUAUAAAUAUUACAAAAUUAUGAAUCUCUUAAUAUUUGUAAUUUCUCCUCCUUCCAUUUCAAAUCUAUAAAUAUGAAAAAUUUUCUAUGUAACUUAACAAAUUCAUAUUAUUUUACAAAUUCUUCAUUUGAUAAAUAUGAACUUGAUCGAUUCUUAGUUUCUAUAUUAUAAAAUGAAAAUAGGCAAGCUUCUUAGAAAAAUGAUUACUGAUAACUUGAUAAGGGUAGAAUAUGGGUGAAAGCUUUAUCAUAAAAGUGCCUUGCUAAUGGCUGUGUUAAAUAUAGUGGCUGGGAGGAAUGAUUCUUAUGUGUGGAGGAGUAUUGUUAAAGCAAAAGAAUGCUCUCAUCAUUCAUCGGCGCCUUUCAAGUCCGUAUUGGUGAUGGCACACACAACUGUUUGGAAUUUUGAU